UCAAAAAGGAUUUUUAAGUGAACGCCACAUUAACCAAUUAGAUCAUUACUGGAGGUGCUUUUCAUGGAUGCACACGUGCGGCGGCUGCUUCGAAUAUGUGAACAAAACACCCCAAUGAGGCCCGGCACAGCCUGUAAAUAAAAAUGGAUGUUGCUACAGCCAAAGAGCAGCUGUAUGAGCUGAUACCUGGAAGAAAGGGGCAGAUAGAUUUACUGUUGUCAUUGUGUAGUCCUCCUCAACCGUAUCCAGCUGUGUUUGUAUAUGGGGUGACAGCAACUGGGAAGUCUCUGGUGGUCAACCAGACAAUGAAAAUAAUGAAACUCCCUCAUGUACUAGUGAAUUGUGUGGAAUGUUACUCAGCCAAACUUUUAUACGAGGAGAUCCUGAAUGCUCUCUUAGGGGACGGCCCUUGUCCAGCCAAUGACUUCAGCGUGACCCACAGGUGUGACAACAUGAAUGACUUUGUCAGGGCACUGACCCAUGGGCUACAGGAGACGCUGGUGGAUGAUCCAUUUUACAUUGUAUUAGACAAGGCUGAAAGGCUCAGAGAUAUGGAAGGUAAUGUCCUGCCAGCAUUGCUGAAGCUUCAGGAGUUGACAAAGUGCAAAGUUAGUGUGAUCUUGAUCACAGAAAUAGUGUGGGAGAAAUUCUGGGGAGGAACAGGAAUGGUAGACCCCUUUCCUAUCUACUUUCAGGACUACACAAAAGAGGAACUCCUGGAGAUCAUGGCUCUGGACAGUCCUGAGGACUACCCUGUCACUUUCUACAAGUCCUACAUCACCCUGGUCCUUAGUGUGUUCUACCUGGCCUGUAGAAAUCUGGCUGAACUCAGGCACCUGGCACAGUUAAACUUCCCUUUAUAUGUGGAACCCAUCAAGUCAGGGGAUGCCACAAUAUCUGAAUCCAGGAAACUUUGGAAACACAUUGAACCAUUCUUAAAGAAAGCUCUGCAAACAGUCUAUCUCAGGGAGGUCUCCAGCAAGCAGUGGGAGUCCAUGCAGCAGAAGUUGAUGGAGGAUGAGGAGGGGGAGAAGUGUAUGGGUGCUGCUGGUGGCCCCGUCCCCCUUCAUGUGGCCAGGGCUAAUGUGGAGCUGCCAUUUUACUCCAAGUAUCUCUUGGUGGCUGCUUACCUUGCCUCCUACAACCCUGCCAAGUCUGACAGAAGAUUCUUUACUAAGAACUGUGGAAAACAAAGAAAGUCUAACCGAGCUGUUAAGAAACAUGAAAGGACAAGUAACCAGCUCUUGGGGCCGAAGCCAUUUCCACUGGAUCGGCUGAUGGCUAUCUUUCACUCAAUUAUAGAGGGCAGAGUAGUUCCUACUGCCAACAUAUUCUCUCAGGUGACAUCUCUGGUGACAUUACAGCUCCUGGCCCAGGUGGGCAGCAGUGACCAGCUGGAGGGACCCAAGUAUAAAUGUCUGGUGUCCCUGGACUUCAUUAAACAAGUGGCAAGGACUGUUCAGUUUGAUAUAGUACAGUACUUGUAUGAUUUUGUAUGA